AUGGCUUCUCUCCUGCCACUGCGAAUUCUCAGUUCGAAGGAGCUUCAACAUGAACAUACUCUCCUGACCUCCCUCUUGGAUAUGAUCAAUGAAGCAUACAAAGAGCGCGAAGAGGAAGGCUCAAUCAGCCGGUUCCCGGAUUCGAAUGCAAUGUUAGCAGAACUGGGAGACGACGGGCUCUAUGCCGUUGUUCAGGACCCCGGAAAAGGAAAUAUACCAGUAGCGGUUGUGGGGAUCACGCGCUGGAAGAGGGACAACAAUUGGGCAGACACAUCUGGUGAUUGCUACGAUUGGGAGAUCAGUCCAGCCGCCUCGAGGAACGAGCCUCCAUACCGUAGACAGGGUUUGGUCGAUCGAUGUCUCACAGCAUUAUCAAAUACUUUGUUGGAACGUUCGUCAGGGAAAGAAGUGCGACUUUGGAUGAAGGUCGUCGAAAAUCUCCUUGGAGAGUAUUGGAAGAAGAAAGGGUUUGAACAGGUCGGGCCACAGUGGAUCAUUCCCAAGGGGAAGUGGCACAAGGAUCUCGAGUUCAUCUUGAUUGAUAUGUGCAAAAAGAUACCGAAGGGAUGA